AGCUAGGUACAUAGUGUCGACAAAGUCGCGGCGACAAAGACGCAAAGAAGUCGCAUUCAGUAUAAAAUGCAUGUAGUGUUCAUAGUAACUGCGACAAAGACAUUGUCGCGGCUGUGCGCGACUUAGUUGCAUCUCGACAAAGACGCACCCAUACGCAGCCUAGUGUAACGUAAAUAGUGCCGUAAAAUUUGUGUUCAUGCUAUCGCGUCAGUGUCGCUGAUAUUAAAAAAAGUUGAAAAAUUCGCUAUUCCGCAUGUUUAUAUUUUUGUUUUAAGUUGUAGAGGGCGCUCAACUCGAGUUACAUUCAGCUUAUAUUAAUAUAAGUUAAUCGUUGUAGAACGAAUACGUUUGUUUGUUAACAAUACUUGACAAUAAUGUUUGACAUCGAAAAAUUUAUUGAUGCUAUUGAAGAGCGUCCAGCUCUAUAUAAUUUAGCAAAUAACGACUACCAUAAUCGUGACUUAAAAAUUAGGUUAUGGGAAGAAAUCGGAGAAAUAAUGUAUUUAGAUUGGGCUAAGUUAAAUAAUAAAGAAAAAAACGAAAGAGGUAAGUUAAAGUGUAAUAAUGUACUUUAUUUCAUGAAACAUAUUAUUUUAGGAAAAACCAUGCAGAAAAAAUGGAAGUCUGUAAGAGACAGCUUUAAUCGAGAGUUAAGACUUCAGAAAUUUCAGAAAAGCGGAGACUCGGCAACAAACAGAAAAACGUACGAAUAUUUUAACAAGCUUUUGUUUCUCUUGCCCAAUUCUGAAAAUCGUGAAACAGCUACUAAUGUUUCGGUACAACUAGACGAUAACGGAAAUAAUAAUAACCUCAGUGAAACUCCAUCUACAUCUGGAACUCAUAAAAAGAAGCGCAAAAGCAAUUUUGAAGAAGAACUACUAAACAUUUUACAAUCCAAAAAGGCUAAAUCUAAUGACAUUGAAAACGAUAGUGAUAGAAUGUUUCUUCUGUCGUUUUUAAACGAUAUGAAGACGUUGUCUCUUCAAACAAAAAACUGGGUGAAAAUGCAAUUUAUGCAAAUAAUGCAGCAAGCUACAACGGGGUUAAAUGUCGGUCAACUUUCUCAUGCAAUAAAUGUCGGACCAUCAACACCUCAAAUUAACCGACAUUCAAUUAUACCCUUUAAUUGUGAAUCUACAGGCCAUUCAUCACAAAAUUUUGAAUCUCCUAGUCCAGCUGCGUCGUCGACAAUGGAUUCCGAUAUAUAUGAUAUGUACACACAUUUAUAAUAAUAUUUAAUAAAUGCUUUCGUUAUUACUUACCUGAGUGUUAUUGCUACCCUUUCUUGAACAGUUAUUCUUUGCAUAAUAUUCCAAUUUUUCUUUGAGACCGUAUUUUUAACAUUAUUGCAUAAUGUAUCAAAUGUACUAGGUGUCAUACGGUAAUAAGCAAAGAACUUAUCUUCAUUCUCGCGUAAUGUUAUAUGUAACGUGUGAAACUGUCCGUUAGUAAAUCUAUUUCUAUUUAUUGGAUGAACAGAAUAUCUCCUCUGUCUUCUUUUCUUUCUUAAAUGUCUGACAGCUAGUAAUGCUACACAAGCAUCAUCAACGAAAUCCAUCUUUGAAUUGCCAACAAACUGCACUACAUGACGAAUUUGUUCGACAAUGUCGUGUCGCGGACAGUUUCAAUUACUAGCGACAGCGACACGACAUUGUCGCCGCGACUUUGUCGAGACUAUGUACCUAG